AUGGCAAUUCCUAACAACACUAAUGCCAGCAGCUUCAUCUUCAUACUGAUGGACCUCCCAGGACUGGAGGCUGCUCAUUGCUGGACAGCUAUUCCUAUCUGCUCUAUUUAUGUUCUUUCUUUGCUGGGCAACAUCACCAUAAUGUACAUUGUCAAGUCUGUGCCCAGCCUCCACACACCCAUGUAUCUGUUCCUCUCCAUGCUUUCAAUGGCUGACCUGGGCCUCUCAGCUUCCACACUGCCUUCAAUGGCAGCUGUCUUUAUCCUGGGCCAGAGGAAGGUGGGAGCUGCAAGCUGCUUUAUGCAACUCUUCUUCAUCCACACUUUCUCAGUGAUUGAAUCAGCUGUGCUGUUGGCCAUGGCUUUUGACCGUUGUGUGGCUAUUCGAGAACCCUUACGCUAUGCUACCAUUCUCACAAACAAGCGCAUUGGGGCCAUUGGGCUGGCCAUUGUGACCCGCAGUACUGCCCUCCAUUUGCCCCUGCCUGUACUCCUUGGAAGACUGCGAUUCCAGCCUACAAAUGUUUUGUCUCAUUCUUAUUGUGUUCACCCUGAUGUUCUAAGGCUGGCCAGUUCCAGCACUCUUGUGAACAGUGGCUUUGGGCUCUUUGUCAUGAUCUCCACACUGGGGAUGGAUGCUAUACUCAUUCUCCUCUCUUACGUGCUAAUCUUGAAGACAGUAUUGAGUAUUGCUUCCCAUGCUCAGCGCCUAAAAGCUUUCAACACCUGCAUUUCCCACAUCUGUGCUGUACUACUAUUUUAUACCCCACUAGUCAGCCUAUCCAUGAUCCAUCGCUUUGGAGAAAAGAAGCUACCAGUUCAGGUAUACAUGCUUCUCUCCUACCUGCACUUUCUUGUACCUCCAAUGCUCAACCCAGUUGUCUACAGUGUCAAAACCAAAGAGAUUCGAGUACGCAUUAUGAAGAUGCUCCACCCCACAAAGCUCUGA